AUGAAUCGAGCAAGGACUAUACUCACCUGCCUCAGACUCACAAACUCGUACAUCUCAACUCAGAUUCGCACCGCAACUCGGGGACCUUUUUCUCAGGUUAUUCAGUUUUCUCACAUAUCUCCAUCUGUUCAAAAUCAAUUGGAUUCUUCUUCUCAAUUUAUCUACACCCGUCAAAGGUUACCCUUUUCUUCAAAACCCGACUCGGUUGUGGACCUCAUUGUAGCCAACGAGUGGUCUACUGAGUUGGAGAACGAAUUAGAUAACUCGCAUCUCGGAUGGAAUUAUGAAAGAGUUAUCUAUGUUUUGACGAAACUGGGCAAACACCCAAGAAAAGCUUCAGAUUUCUUUAACUGGGUAUGUGAGAAAGAUGGGUUCAGACCAAGUUCUUCAAUUUAUAGCUUGUUGCUUAGAAUUUUACUUCAGAAAGAUAUGAAACAGUUUUGGGUCAUUCUAAAGAAAAUGAAAGAACAAGGCUAUUAUAUUGAUGAAGAAACUUAUUUGACAAUGCUAGCACAACUGAAAAAGGAAAAAAUGGCUAGUGAUGUUGCUGCUUUGACCCAUUUUUACAACAGAAUGAUUAAAGAGAAUGCCAUGGAUGGUGUUGUAAAACAGGUGGCUAGUGUUGUUUUGGGGCAAGAAUGGGGUGACAAGGUUGAGAAAAAAUUAGCAGAGCUCAUAGUUGAUUUAUCAGAUAACUUUGUUAUAAGGGUUCUUAAAGAACUUAGGUCUUGCCCAUCAAGAGCUUGGAGCUUUUUUCAAUGGGUUGACCAGAGUCCAAGCUAUGAACACAAUACAAUUACUUACAAUGCAGCUGUGAGAGUUCUUAGUAGAAGUGAUUCAAUUAAUGAAUUUUGGAUUGUGGUUGAGAAAAUGAAGAAAGCUGGCCAUGAAAUGGAUAUUGACAAUUACAUAAAGAUUUCAAGGGCAUUUCAGAAGAAUAAAAUGAUGGAGGAUGCUGUGAAGCUUUACGAGUUUAUGAUGGAUGGCCCGUAUAAGCCAUCGCUUCAGGACUGUAGCCUUCUGUUGAAGAGCAUUGCAGCAAGUGAAAAUCCAGAUUUGGAUUUGGUUUUCAGAGUUGCUAGAAAGUAUGAAUCUAUGGGACACACCCUUUCCAAGGCUGCUUAUGAUGGGAUUCAUAGGUCUUUGACAAAAUCAGGGAGGUUCGAAGAAGCGGAAAACAUAAUUAAAGUUAUGAAAAAUGCAGGGUAUGAACCAGACAACCUCACUUAUAGCCAAUUGAUCUUUGGAUAUUGUAGGGCAGGGAGAUUUGAAGAUGCCUGUAAGGUUAUGGUUGAUAUGGAAGAACUUGGAUGUACUCCAGAUAUCAAGACUUGGACCAUUUUAAUUCAAGGGCAUUGUGCUGCUGGUGAAGUUGGCAAGGCAUUUAUAUGUUUCGCGAAUAUGAUAGAAAAGAAUGUUGAGGCCGAUGCUGAUUUGUUGGAUGUAUUAUUAGAUGGUUUUCUCAGUCAGCAAAAGAUAGAGGGUGCUUAUAAUUUGCUGGUUGAGAUGGUGGAUAAAGGUCGUUUAAGACCUUGGCAAGCUACAUACAAAAAUGUCAUUGAAAAGCUUUUAGGUGCCAGGAAAUUUGAAGCAGCAUUGGACCUUCUUCGUUUGAUGAAGAAACAAAAAUACCCUCCUUACCCUGAACCUUUCAUUCAAUACAUCUCAAAGUUUGGGACUGUUGAGGAUGCUUAUGAAUUUUUGAAGGCUCUGAGUGUGAAAGAAUAUCCAACUUCAUCAGCUUAUCUUCAUGUUUUCAAGUCAUUUUUUCAGGAGGGUAGACACUCGGAGGCAAAAGAUUUGCUAUUCAAGUGCCCCCAUCAUAUACGCAAACAUCGCGACAUUUGCGAUCUUUUUGGCUCUGUGGAGAGCAAAUCUGCUGUUUAACUUUUAUUUUAAUAAUUACUUCCUGUUUUUUUUCUUUGGCUGAACUCAACUAGUCAUUUUAGUUGUACACCAAUCUUUGUUUAGGUUAAAUGAAGUUUUUUAAUAUGUCAACAGCAAGGAACAACUCUGUAAUGGCGCAAGGUUUUCCCCCAAGCAAUGUAAUAAAAAAUGGUUGUAAUCAGAUUGCAACUUCUUUCUCUCA